AUGUGGUUUGGCGUCAACCCGCUGCGCUGGAAUCGCCCCGUCGGCGUCCGGCCGCGCACCAAGAGGACCCGCGUCCCGACAGCGGCAGCAUCGUCGUCGCUCACGCCAGUGGUGCCCAUCGCCAACCAGCCCACGGCGUCGUCCGAUCCCACGGUCCUCGCAUCGUCCUCGUCCUCGUCCUCUUCAACGCGAUUGGUAUCCGCGGCCGAGACGCCGGAUCUCGGAAAAUGCGUCUCGCAGACGCUCUACGGGCAUGCGGGUGGUGUCUGUGCGCUCCUCGCCUCGGACGAUCGGUACAUUGUCUCGUGCUCGAUCGACAUGACGCUUCGCAUUUGGUCGCGCGGCUCGUUCAACUGCCACCACGUGCUCAAAGGGCACAAGGACGUCGUUUGCGCG